AUGAAUGAUAUUCCACAAUUAGAUUUUCGCCCUAGGCCUCCUCAAAAAUCAUGCAGAAGGAAUUCUGCUAGAAGACAUUUAUAUGAAUCUUCAGUCGUUCGUAAAGAAAACUGUAGUGAAAGAGUAAAUUCAGCAAGAAGCAGGCCAAAAUUAUCGCAAAGAGAAUUAAUGGUUGUGAAAUCAAACAAAGCUAAAUACAAUGCUUGGAUUAAGAAAUGGGAUAGGGAUCAAGGCAUAAAAAGAUUUCUUAUGCUAAAAGAUAUUGUCGAUAAAUGCAAAGGAUAUUCAAAAAAUCAACUUGACGAAUUAUAUGGAAAUGCAAGUGAAUUAGUUUUCAUGAGAAUUUUUGUCUUUAUUCGUUGGAAUUGUCGAUCUACAAUUUCAAUUGACAUUCAACUUCAAGCAUUACGAAUAUUUUUCGAUGCAUCAUCAGGAUUCUGCUAUUCAGAACACUUCCUUAAGAAUGGUGGAGUUGACAUAUUACUUUCCUUUCUCGAAUUAAGAGAUGAAAUUUCCGAAAAUGAUCUAUCUGAAGUACUUAAAACAUUUCUGUCACUAUCUCAACAAGGAGCACAUUCAGUUCAAUACAUUUUAGAUACGAAAUUCUUGACAAUUUUCUUAGAUACGUUACCUUCAUUUAAAGAUGAAGAAAAUCUCAAUCUCGCUACAAUGUUAUUACUCCAACUGAGUGAAGGUAAUGAUGCAUAUGCCGAGACAUUUACUCUUGCUUUGAUGUCAAGAUUUCACGCUUUAUCAUCAGACGAUGAAGCUCUUCACUCCGUUUCUCACGUAUUUCGAGUGCUUCUAACACCCAAAAUUGCUGCAGAAGUCGACAUAAAAGGGAAUUACAAUGAUUUGUUAGCUUUAGGAAGCAGCUCAAAUUUAGACAUCAGAUAUGAUGGCGUCAUAGUGUUCUCAUUGAUUGCUGAAAACACUACUAAACUAAGAAGAGAUUUUAUUUUUGAUAAUCUUCUUGAAAUUUUGUUAAACCCUCUUGGCAUAACGAAUGAGCUUAUAUCUCGUAGACAAACAUUUGCAACAAAAGUGUUGCUUACAAUCACAAAGCAGAACGGAAUCGCUGGAUUGACUCUGAAAGAAGAUUUUGAGAGAUUUUUAGUUCCUCUCUGCAAAAUCAUCGGAAACACAGUCAACUUCAGUGCGCAGAAAUCUUCUGCUAAGAUAAUCACGCACUAUUAUUGUGAUGAUCCUCACAUUAAGACUCUACUUGAGAAUGCAAUCCCAACAGACUGGAUUAGAAAUUUGACUCUCGAUCCACAUACUUUCUGCCUGAACAUCAAUCAAAUUCAAGCAGAUUUCUUCUUAUCUCUUGAGCCUGAAAGCUUUUUGAUUGAUGUCUCUGCAAAACAGACACAGAUCAGAAAGGCAACAACGAAAGCGCGUCUAGAACUAAAGCAUAGAACUCAACAACAAGGACAAUAUGGUUCUAUUAUCAAACCAACUAUUGCACUCAGAGAAUCACCAUUUAGAUUUAAUGUGACAACUAAUGUUGAUUUAAAUGCUCUUUUCCAGCAAUAG